CUUUGAUUUGCAGGUGUGAUCAUAUGUGUGAUCAUCAAGCUCUCAAUGGCAAUGACCAAUGCCUAAGCCAUGUCCCGUCUGUGGCUCAAAGAAAUGGAGAAAGGACGCUGUAUCAGGCUCAGCGAUAUGUGAGGACGGCCAUGUCUUCCAGGACUUCCGGUCGGAAAACCUCGUCGUGGAGAGCUCUGCGUAUGCGCUUCAACGCCGAAGUCUCAAGAAAGGUCCCAGAAGGAACAAGAGGAGAGAAAAGGGUGAUGUAAACCGGAAAUACUACUGGGGUGACGAUGCGGAGUAUCUCAAGAUUCAGGCAUUACAGCUCCUCCUGCGGCUUCAAGUUCAAGCUUUAAAGCCAAUGUGGUCUCUACCUGACGCCUUUGAGCAAGUUGUCAAAGAGCUCUGGGCAUACCAGCUGGCCAUCGCACCUUUGCCAUCUCUCCCAACAGACUUGGGGAACAAAGCAAACGGCAGGACCGGUGGUCAAGAGGACGAGAGAAUCUUAGGCGAUGAUGCGAAGUCUGUGGGUUCUGAGAACGACAGUGCCACAGAGGGGGAAUCAGAGCUCGAUACCGAAGUGGACGAUGCGGCACUCGAAGCCGAGAUGAUGGCUCAACUCUCUUCCGACUCGUCGUUCGAGAGUGAUGUCUCGCAUAAUACAAGACGGGGCAGGUCGACUCAGAAGCACCGGUGGAAGCGGAGAAGAGGGCUGCAGAUCCAAGAUACCCUGGUCACUCUUGGAGUGGCGUUCUGGAUCUUGCGGAUACCUUUGCUAAGCGCGGAUCUGGAAAGUCUGAUCAACCUGAAUCGGAUACCGUACAUCGAUUAUGGGUACACGAACUUAAUACCUGAGAAUAUGAAGAGCCACAUGAACAGGGAGCUCAGGCAGGCCCUGUCUCCGCGUUCUUCACCUCGCCCUGUCUUGCUCCACAAGCAUUGCUCAGUCUUUGCCCGAGUCCUGAUCCGCCACUUUCAUGUCGUCAUACCGGAAGCGAACAUCUCGCUGCUAGCCUGGCGCCUUCUCUACACCCUUGGCGGAACGCCGACCACCUACUGCCAGGUUAUGAACCUUCUCGCUCUGCUCGACGUAAACCUCUAUUUGACGUUUCGAAGAGCUACGAAAGUGAUUCGAAAAUCCUCUCAGACGGCAAGACCUGAUACGCCAGAUAUAACAUACGAGAGGCGAUCGCUUUACGAUGACGUGUGGUUACCAGAGGUCUCUGUCGCUUCAGCAUUGAUCAUAGUCAUGAAAAUGACAUAUGGCUUGGAUGAUGCCUUGAGACCCGUCAUGACGUGGACCGAUCCCGUUGUUGGCUUGCCGCACCAUGAGGAGUGGAUCAAGGAGCUCGAAGGUCUGCUGGCUUCAGCUUCGCUGAGCGGCGAGUCCAACCAACAAACGAGACCUGACUUCACCGCCAUGGACGUCGACGAGAUUGAUCGGUAUCUCGACGUCAGUCAGAAUAUACUUCUGAAGGAUCACGAAAUGCCAGAAGACCCCAUGUUCCCCUUACCGCUUUCCAAGAAUGCCUUGCCCGACCUCGCCCCACAUCCCGGUAUCUUCCGUCAUUGGACUCAAGGGGACCUUACAGAACCGUCGAGUGCGCCUACAAACGUGCCCAACAAGGACUUGCCUCUUCUUCCGGCUGAACAACUCAGGAUGUACGAUGCGGACGACCUUGCGGGAACCCUACCGAGGUCAUACGACGUCCUCUUACAGAGUUGCGCAGCUAUCACCGGAGUUGAUUCGUGUCAUCUGGCAAAAUGUGUACAGGUUUUUGAACGACGACUGGAGCGGAUUCGGGCUGAACGCGUGGCGAGGGAGCAUUUGCAUUCUCGAGCAAAGUCUCUGUCGCGACGGAACAGCGGUGUAGGUCAGCCGCGCAGAUCUGUAUCUUCGGCAGACUUGCGAGGAACUAGCACAGAGAUAGAUAACGGUUCGGCCUCGGCCAUGUAGGCUGCAUGUAAACUGCUGUU